AUGGCGACGUUGACAGCUGAGUCGAAGGACGCCUUGGACCGGCUACGAGCCUACAAACCACCUCCUACGAUAUGGCAGGACAUGCCUUUGUCGAGAAAGGCAGCUGUCUUGAUUUUACUGUUUGCCGACCAGAAAGGUGACCUCCGCGUUGUCGUCACCAUGCGAGCUUCAUCGCUGAGCUCCUACUCAGGCCAAGCAGCACUACCUGGUGGUAAAGCCGAACAAGGAGAGAGUGCUUGGGAGUGUGCUAGACGUGAGGCCUCCGAGGAGAUUGGACUUCCCCAACGCGACGACAAGAUUCCUAAGCCCUUUCGAAUCGAGCACUUAACGGAAAUGCCCACCAACCUUGCCAAGACUGAACUUGUUGUCCGGCCAUGUAUCGCUUUUCUCCACUCCUACGACGAAAACACAGGCCAGAGUGCAAAUGCUGGGGAACAACUGUUGCCUCGACUCGAUGCUCGUGAGGUCGCUGCUGUGUUUUCACUGCCUCUAAAGAACCUGCUCUACAAGCAGGAUUUACCCAAUGAGCCUAAUCUUCCUGGAAAGCCAUCAGACUGGUACAGGGGGUCAUGGACUGACUGGCACCAACAUAGAUGGCGCAUGCACAACUUCUUCGUUCCUGUCACAAACCAAAAUGUGACCAAACCCAAAAGGACGGAUACACAAAAGGCUGCAGCCGACCACCUCGAGGGCCUAGAACGAUAUAGAGUCUUUGGUAUGACCGCUCGAAUUUUGACCGAUGCUGCUCGCCAGGCCUACGCUCAGGAACCGGAAUUCGAACACAACAGUCAUUUCGGCGACGAAGACAUGAUCAAGCGCUUGCAAAGACUUGGUCGUCUGGGAGAGAUAAGGAAACGAGGGGAAGAAUUGACAGGUGACAUUUUGAGGAAAGCAGCAAACUUGUGA